CAUCCCUCCCGCGUCAACCCGUCCAGUUUCGCAUCAGCCUCACUCAUCUCUUUCGCCAUUUCCACUUUGCACUUGAACACCACCACCACAACUCCAGCUUCGUCGCCUGAAACGCCGCCCCCCUUUGAACGUUCUACCCAUCAACAACACUUAGUUUCCCCGAGUCGAACCCUACCAAUAUCGACAUCGAGAUAUGAGUCGCGCCAACAAACUUGGCCCUGAAGUGAAUCGAGCUUUGUUCGUAAAGAAUCUAAGCUACAACGUAACUCCGGAGGAGCUCUUCGACCUCUUCGGAAAGUACGGACCUAUCCGUCAAGUUCGCCAGGGCAUUGCGAGCAACACAAAGGGCACUGCCUUCGUUGUCUAUGAGGACGUAAUGGAUGCGAAGCAGGCGUGCGACAAGUUGAAUGGUUACAACUUUCAGAACCGCUAUCUUGUUGUACUAUACCAUCAGCCCGACAAGAUGAACAAGACAAAAGAGGACCUCGAUGCCCGCAAGGAGAAUCUAGAACGCAUCAAGCGGCAACACGACGGGCCUACGGACAGCCUCCGAAUUCGACAACGAUCGUCUGGAGGCCCGUCUUCUAUGAAUACUUCCUCCUCCAAGACCAGGGCGGCGCCGAGCACGACGGCUCCGAACACACCGGCUUCGAGUAGACCAUCACCCCCGGCUGCUUCGAGCAGAUCAUCGCCGCCGGGACCGACCCCGACCCGAAAGAAGGACAGGUCGCCGUUGACCUUCCACGCGCGGAGCUCCAUCCCUCACUUCGUGCGCAAGCUGCUUCCCACCGUGCCAGAGUGCGCCUAA